GAUGAUGCUGCUCCCUGGCGUGUGGAGGAGGAGAGAGAGCGCGCCCGCUGCCCAAUGACAGCGCAGGAUGCUGGGAGAAGCUGCUGGGGGAAUGGAGGCGACAAGAUACCGUCUAGAGCAGCGAAGAAGAGGAAUUGACAUCGAUAGAGAUCUGACUUUGAUGUGCCCCGCCCCUUCAAACAUGGAGUAAGUGGUUCAGAGAGGCGGAGCAGUCUCAUUCGGACACGCCCCUCCUAAGGACUCUUUGGCGGCCGCACCGCUGAAUCACAGGACAUGUACAGCAGUUCCAGAGCUGUUGGCCAUGUAGAGAGCAGCCCCGUACGGUCCCCGCGCCUGCCACGGUCCCCCAGGCUUGGCCAUCGAAGGGCACACAGUGGGAGCGGGGGUGGUGCGGGGGGAAAGACGCUCUCCAUGGAGAACAUCCAGUCCCUCAAUGCUGCCUAUGCUACUUCAGGGCCCAUGUACCUGAGCGACCAUGAAGGUGUGGGCUCCACUGCCACCUACCCAAGAGGCACUAUGACUCUGGGUCGGGCCACCAACCGAGCCAUGUACGGGGGUCGAGUCACAGCCAUGGGCAGCAGUCCCAACAUCGCUUCGGUGGGGCUGCCUCAUGCUGACCUGCUGUCUCACAGUGACCUGGGCUCUAUCUCCAUGCUGCACCCCCAUCACCACCAGGGGGUGCCCUCUGCCCUGCUCAGGCAGGCGGUGCGGGGAAGUGGGGGGGAGCUGCUGGAGAUGCAGGCCCAGUUCAGGGAGAUGCAGAGGGAGAAUGAGAUGCUGCGGCGAGAGCUUGACUUAAAGGACAGUAAGUUGGGAUCCUCCACGAACAGCAUCAAGAGUUUCUGGAGUCCGGAGCUGAAGAAAGAACGGAUCAUGAGGAAAGAGGAAGCUGCUCGCACGUCCAUCCUGAAAGAACAGAUGAGGGUCACUCAUGAGGAGAACCAGCUGCUGGAUGCCAGGAGAACCAAGCAUCUUCAGAUGACCAUCCAGGCUCUGCAGGACGAGCUGCGCACACAGCGAGACCUCAACCACCUGCUGCAGCAGGAGAGCGGGAACCGCUCCGGCUCCGAGCACUUCACCACCAUCGAGCUGACGGAGGAGAACUUCCGCCGGCUGCAGGCCGAGCACGACAGGCAAGCCAAGGAGCUGUUCCUGCUGAGGAAGACCCUGGAGGAGAUGGAGCUGAGGAUCGAAACGCAGAAGCAGACGCUGGGGGCCAGAGACGAAUCGAUAAAGCAGCUGCUGGAGAUGCUGCAGAGCAAAGGUCUGCCCCCGGGGCCGGGCCGGGCGUCGGAGGAGGAGGAGCAGGAGCGAGCCAGGCGUAUCGCCGAAGCCGAAGCCCAGCUGGGACACCUGGAAGUCAUUUUGGAUCAGAAGGAGAAGGAAAACAUCCAUCUAAGAGAGGAACUUCACAGAAGAAAUCAGCUCCAUCAAGAUCCUAGUAAAACCAAGGCCCUGCAGACCAUUAUAGAGAUGAAAGACACCAAAAUUGCCUCUCUGGAGCGCAACAUCCGAGACCUGGAGGAUGAGAUCCAAAUGCUGAAGGCUAACAGCUUACUGAACACAGAGGACAGAGAGGAGGAGAUCAAACAGAUGGAGGUCUACAAGAACCACUCAAAGUUUAUGAAGACCAAGAUCGACCAGCUGAAGCAGGAGUUGUCAAAGAAGGAAUCGGAGCUGCUGGCUCUUCAGACGAAGCUAGAGACCCUCAACAAUCAGAACUCAGACUGCAAACAGCAUAUCGAGGUGCUCAAAGAAUCUCUCACUGCCAAGGAGCAACGUGCUGCCAUCCUACAGACUGAGGUGGACGCUCUGCGUCUCCGUUUAGAGGAGAAGGAAUCCUUCUUGAACAAGAAAACCAAGCAGCUGCAGGACCUGACGGAGGAGAAGGGAACCCUCGCUGGAGAAAUCAGGGACAUGAAGGACAUGCUGGAAGUCAAGGAAAGGAAGAUUAACGUCCUGCAGAAAAAGAUUGAAAACCUGCAGGAGCAGCUGAGGGAUAAAGAGAAGCAGCUGGGGAACCUCAAGGACCGGAUCAAGUCUCUGCAGACGGACUCCAGUAACACAGACACUGCCUUGGCCACGCUGGAGGAGGCGCUGUCAGAGAAGGAGAGAAUCAUAGAGCGAUUAAAGGACCAAAGGGAGAGAGAAGACAGAGAACGGCUGGAGGAAGUGGAGUCUUACAAGAAGGAGAACAAAGAUCUGAAAGAGAAAGUCAACAGUUUGCAGAUAGAAUUAACCGAGAAGGAGUCCAGCCUCAUCGACCUCAAAGAACACGCUUCGUCUUUGGCAUCUUCUGGUCUCAAGAAGGACUCGAAGCUCAAGUCUCUGGAGAUCGCCAUCGAGCAGAAAAAGGAGGAGUGUAGUAAGCUCGAGACGCAGCUGCAGAAGCAAGCUGAGCAGCUUUUCAGUCAGAUGAACAAUCCUAAAGCUCACGAGGUGGAGCACCAGUCAGGCCCCAGAGGAAACCCAGAGUAUGUGGACCGCGUGAAGCUUCUAGAAAAAGAAGUGAGCUACUACAAAGAUGAAGCAAACAAGUCUCAGACAGAAGUGGAGCGGCUCCUGGACAUCCUGCGAGAGGUUGAGACUGAAAAAAAUGACAAGGACAAGAAGAUUGCGGAGUUGGAAAGUUUGGCUCCCAGACAAGGAGGUAAGGACCCGACUAAGAAAGGUCCAAACGUUAAAUUGGGACCACAAGGGGAAAAGAAAGGUUUGGGACAGGACUCUCGGAAGGACAGUUCCUUGGACAGCGGUCACCAUUCCAAACUGGAGGAGCUGAUGAACACGCUGGAAAGAACCAGGCAGGAGCUGGAUGCCACCAAACAGCGCCUCUCCUCCACCCAGCAGUCUCUGCAGGAGCGGGACUCCCAUCUCACUAAUAUGAGGCAAGAGCGCAGGAAGCAGCUGGAGGAGAUCCUUGAAAUGAAACAACAAGCUCUCCUGGCAGCCAUCAGUGAGAAAGAUGCCAAUAUUGCUCUGCUUGAACUGUCUGCAUCCAACAAAAAGAAGACGCAGGAGGAGGUGCUGGCCCUCAAGAGGGAGCGGGACAAGCUGAUGCACCAGCUCAAACAGCACCACCCGCAGCACCCACACGGCCCUCCCCAACAGGGACCCCACCCUCAGCAUCCACACCCCCAACACCCCCAGCACCCCCAGGCUCCUCAACAUCCGCACCACAUGCAGCAUCCGCGGCAUCCAUCGCCCCACCACAGAGGAGUACCCGCUCGGGGGCCGCCCCACGCCGGCCACCGCCCCUCCCCAGACCAGGACGAUGAGGAGGGCAUUUGGGCGUAAUCUUAGCCAUGACACCAAAGCUUUUCUGUUGAUUAAAGAGAUGAGUCGGUCUGUACUGGGGGAGCACAGCCAUGCCAUGAUGUUGAAACACCACCCAACUAAUGAUCUCUUACUUUCACUAAAUCUGAACUUCUUUGGCAUUUUUUUUCUUUUUCCUGGAAAGAAUAGGAGGCUACCAGGUG